AUGACCAUGGUGACGUCUCCUCGUCUUAAGCUCGCUCUCAUCGGACUGGGGCGGCUAGGAACGCUUCGUGCGCGAAUUCUCGCUUUCCAGCAGCCUCGAAUCGAGCUUGUCGCCGUCUGCGAUACCAAACCGGGGGCGAAAAAAUGGGCUGCGACCAAUCUUCCAUCCAACGUCAGGUUCUUUGCGGAUCCAGAGGAUUGCAUGCGGAACAGCGGCGCUGAGGCCGUCCUCAUCUCGACCGCGACUGCUACGCAUGCUGCGCUCAUCUGCAUGGCCCUCGACUUGGAUCUGCAUGUCAUGUGCGAAAAGCCCAUCUCGAUCGACAUCGUCACCACUGCCGAAGUAGUGAACAAGGCUGCAUCCAAGCCCCAUCUCAAGUUUCUGCUGCCGUUCUCUCGAAGGUACGACGAGUCCCAUCGCGAGGCCAAGCUUCUGGUCGACAAUGGGUCGUUGGGUCAAAUCCACGCUGUCGAAACAACUUGCUACGAUAAGCAAGACGAUUCAGGCUUCUGGGUCACAUUCUCCCCUCAGUCCGGCGGCAUCUUCGUCGAUGCCGGUAUCCAUAUCUUUCUCACCGCCACUUCCUCCCAGAUCGACAUUGGCCGCUACUUUCUAGACGUCGCAUCCAACCUCCCCAGCCCGAGGAAGCAGGUCAACAGAGUAGUAGCCAUGGGCCAGCAAGCCGUCUACCCCGACCUCGCCAAACACGGCGACUGCGACGCCGCCUGGGGCCUCGUGGAAUUCAGUAACGGCAAGAUCCUCAACGUCCACGUAGCCCGCACCCUCACCAACGGCUUCGAGAGCACGACACGCCUCUUCGGCACCAAAGGGCAUUCGAUCGUCAACGGGAACUCGGCGGCGAAUCGGGUGGAGGUGCGAGAUGCUUGGGGCGUGCGCACGGCCACGACGCCCGAUGCGUUUACGCUGUAUGAUCGCACGUUUGUGAGCGAUAUUGCGGAGUUUGCGGCUGCGGUGCUUGAUGGGAUGCCGUUGAGUUGCUUGCCUCAGGAUGCAUAUGAGGCGGGUAAGAUUGCAUGUGCGUUGCAGCACUCUGUUCGUGUUGGGCUGCCUGUUUACUUUGAUGAUGAGGGGUUGCCUGUACUUGAGACUGGACAAGUCAAUGGACAUAGAUGA